UGUUUGUUACAGUUGUUCAGUCACUUGAAUAAGUCUGCGGCCGAUAACAUACUGUUCCUCUUUACCAACGCCCGGUCAACACACUACGCACCGGGAGAUUCGGGACCGGUAUUGGAAAGUAUUUUAAAAGACUUAAGGGAAAGGCCCCCUAAUGUGGACAUCAAAUACAGUACUAAUACUAUUUAUUGCUUCGAUAACGAGUCAUUCCGUUAUCUCGUGGCUACUGUUCCCCCGAAUAAUAUGAAGUUCAGUGAAGAUAAUAAAAUUGAUUAUAAUGCCAGUUGGGACAGAUCUGUGAAAGAGUGCAAACGUAUGUUUGAUUACAUCCGUACACUCCGGCCCUACAAUAUCCGGGACACCUUAUCUCUCAAUAGCGCCAAACAGGUUAUCCUACUAUUGAGUCAACCAUUGGCUGACAUCGCGAAGAAUAUCGCCGACAAUCAGAUCCAAUGCGAGGCCCGUAAGCGCCGUAUACUUGAGUGCGAGUCCGACAUAAAUAAACUUCAAGUCGAGCUAUACGUCCCACAAGUUGAUAUCAUAUCCACACCUUUACCCCACCCUAAGCUCGUAUGCACUGACACUUCGUGCUGUACGCGCCGACAUGUUCAGGGUACUAGUGUUACCCAGUACGAUAACGAAUGCCAAUAUACUACCUUGAUGGAAUAUGAGAAUGAGCAAUUUAACGUGGGAAUUGGCUAUGGUAAGUUUUUGUUUGGUGCUAGCCAAUCCCAAACUAAAAGUUCACAAAAGGUAAUGUGCCUAACCUGUGGGCACGGUACCCAAUCGCACCGGUAUAUACGUUACGAGAAUAAGGUACAACACCGGCAGGUCAGGGAUGAGACCAAACAACAGCGCAUUACUAGCGUGUCUGAGGCGGCGGAGGCUCAGAGGUCGCAGUUGGAGGAACUGGAGGUUAAGAUCGGGGAACUGACCCGUGAGUCCAAUAUUAUUGUGAAAUGUAUGGCACGGUUCGCCUACUUUUUGGCUCAAAACUCACUGACCCGUAUGGAUGACCAUUUUGAAAGGCAUAUUCAACAGCUUAUAGAUGAUGAAGUAAAUACCGGUGCUAUCAGUGAUGAUGAUAGUAGCAAGGUCAUUGUUGGCAAACUUAAACAACUACUUGAUAGCUAUAAUUGCGAAAAGCAACUAAUAAUCAAUGCCUUGAAGUCUAUGAAUGCAAAUGAGUUUAACAUAUCGUUGGAUGAGAUUCAGGGUAUGAUUAGUGAGUUGUGUGGUCUCAAGUGGACGGGUAGUACAAUUGUACGGCUAAUGGAGAUGCAACGGUGCGUACAGGUACGGGGACACACCAGGGUUAAUGUGGUGUCCCAUUCUGUUCCCGAUAAGGCUGCUGUAUUUAGCAAGCUAAAUGUUUACUAA